AUUUCGCGCACACGAAGUGCUAAAAAAUAAUAACUAAAGACUAAAAAUAAUAAUAUAGGACACUUCUCUGUAAACUGAGACUACUGUUAUAGUAUUCUCAGCUGUAAAUAAAUAAAAAUGGGAGACGAAGACGAAAAAGGAUAUAGAUGGGAAACAGAAUAUGAAAAGACUUGGGAAGCAAUCCGUGAAGAUGAUGAGGGAUCCCUACAAACAAGUAUUGAUGACAUUGUACACAAAGCAAAGCGUAGAAGGUUACUCGAGAAAAUUGGCAGUGUUAGGUUAGGGAUGAUGAGACAUUUAUUUUUGAUAUUAGAUAUGUCAGAAUCUAUGCAAGAUCAAGAUCUGAAACCAACAAGAUUGAUUUCAACUCUAAAGCUUCUUGAACACUUUGUUGAGGAAUACUUUGACCAGAAUCCUAUCAGUCAGCUUGGAAUGAUUGGGACAAGAAACAAACGAGCAGAGAAAAUAGCUGAACUUGGAGGUAAUCCCAGAAGACAUGUAUCUACAUUACAGUCUUUAGUAAAAUCUACCUGUCAGGGAGAACCAUCUUUACAAAACUCUCUUGAACUUGCCAGGAAUACUUUGAGAAAUAUGCCAGGCCAUGCGAGUCGUGAAGUUUUGAUCAUUUUUGGAAGUUUGACAACAUGUGAUCCUGGUAAUGUCAUGGAAACAAUUCAGACAAUGAAAGAUACAAAUAUAAGAUGUUCUGUAAUUGGUCUUGCUGCAGAAAUCAGGGUCUGUAAAAAGCUUUGUAUGGAUACUAAUGGUCUUUAUAAUGUUAUCCUAGAUGAAAACCAUUUCAAGGAUUUACUGCUGCAACAUAUAGAUCCUCCACCUGCUACAGCUAAUACAGAGGCAUCUUUAAUAAGAAUGGGUUUUCCUCACCAUCUGUUAGGAGGAUCUAAAGAGAAAGAAGAAAUGCCUUCAAUGUGCAUGUGCCAUUUAGACAGUAAAACUAAUGAAGGAUUUGGAGGAAGUGGUUACUUUUGUCCACAAUGUAAAAGUAAAUAUUGUGAACUACCUGUAGAAUGCAAAGCAUGUGGACUAACCUUGGUAUCAGCACCACAUUUAGCCAGAUCAUACCAUCAUUUGUUCCCAUUAGAACCAUUUAAAGAAAUACCAUCUGACAUGAACUCAGAGUAUGGAAAUAUAAUGUGUUACUCAUGUAGAGUAGAAUUCAAGAAGCAAACCGUAUACAUGUGUGAAAAAUGUCAACAAAUUUAUUGUGUGGACUGUGACUUAUUUAUUCACGAGACACUGCAUUCAUGUCCAGGAUGUGCUAGUUCAAGGGCCACUCAACAAAUGUCAAAAAUCGUUUGAUAAUGAACAGAAAACACUUGACAGUAAGAUACCAAUGAUAUUGGACAGAAAACACUAGACGUUAAGAAAGCAACGACAUGCUAACUCUAUGAUAUCGGACAGAAAAAAACUUGGCAAAAAAUUCAGAGCUGUAUCAAGCUUAAAUGUUGUGCCCAUACUUGCCCGAACUGUUCAGGGUUCAACCUCUGCUGUCGUAUAAAGCUGUGCCCUGCAGAGCAUCUGGUUUGACCUUUUUGAGGCUUACAAUAAAUAUGCAGGACUAGACAUUUUUGCAACAUGACUUGAAAAGAGAGUUCUGUUGUUAUUGUAGAAGAACAGGUGUGCCUGGUAUUUCAUUAUUCUGUUCCAGCUUAAAGAUCAAUGUAAAGCAUGCCAUCAGUCUUUUGAGUGUUGCUAUAGAGAAGUUAAAGGUGCAAUUGGUUUCUGCUUCAACAAAGUGCUUUAUUGUAUUUACAGCUGAUUGCAUUGAGUGUGUAGGCAAAUAUAAAAAAAGAAGAUGUGGUAUGAUUGCCAACAAGACAACUAUCCACAAAA